UGGCCAUCCUAAACUCACUUGAACUUUAUUUAGCAACACUGUCAAUAGUUAUCUCUUCUAUAAUAUCAAACUGACAAAAUUCUAACAUGCUAAUUUAUCGAAAUUUUUUUUUUGUAAUCGUCUCCUUAAUGUCAACGAAUUUUGGAUUGCCUAUUAGUUUCAAAGAUCUCGUUGAAACUGAGACUAAUGAAAGUGAAACAGAACUUACAACGAAAUCUGAUGUAUUGAUCUUGGCAGAAGUAAGACGCAAUGAUAUGUAUCUAUAACAAUAUGCGAAAGUAUAGCAAAACAUACGACAAAACCUAAUGAUGGUCUGAUUUUGACAGAAGAAACUGUUAUAGAACAUACAAUAAAACCCGAGGUUCUGAUCUCAACAGAAGAAACUGUUAUAGAACAUACAAUAAAACCUGAGGUUCUGAUCUCAACAGAAGAAACUCCUAUGGAAUAUACAACAGAACUUGAUGUUCUGAUCUCAACAGAAGAAACUACUGUGGAACAUAAAACCCAAACUGAUGUUCUGAUCUCAACAAAAGAAACUUCUAUGGAACAUACAACACAACCUAAUGUUCUGAUUUCAACAGAAGAAAAUACAAUAGUAACACAACCUUAUCAAAAUCCAAUAUAUGAAAAUUUUUUUAUCCAAAAUGGUUAUUUAAACACAACAUGCUAUUAUAAUUCUGGAAAUGAUGAUAGUUUUGAACAUGAUAAAUCAGUAUGCUUCAGCCAAGCAGUUAAAGAUUUUCAGACUCAUCUUGGCUUAGAAGUAACUGGGGAAAUUAAUCCAGAAACAAGAAGAUUUAUUUUAAAUCCAAGAUGUGGAGUGUCUGAUAAAUUUAUUGGAAUGAAUUCUAUGAGGAAACGUAAUUAUCUUAUUCAUGACACUACAUGGACUAAUUCAACAGUAACAUGGUUUGUGGACGGCAGAAAUAAUAAUGGUAUUUUACCAAGUGAGGUUCGAGAAAUUAUGCAGAAAUCUUUUCAAAAAUGGGCUGAUGUUACUAAUCUAAACUUUAUAGAAGUAUCUAAUUCAGAUUCUGCUGAUAUUCGUAUAUCUUUUCAAAAAUCAUCACAUAAUGUUGGUCAAACUGAUCAGGAUUUUAGUAAAGAGGUAUAUGCACAUGCAUUUUACCCAAGAACUAACCAAGAACCUUUAGAUGGUGACUGUCAUUUUAAUGAUGAUAAAAAAUUUUCUACUGGUAAUUACUCUGUUGCUCAUAGUUCUGGCAAAAUAAGUUUGUUUUUGAUUGCAAUUCAUGAAAUAGGCCACUCUCUUGGAUUAGGUCAUUCUCAUAUACAAGGUACCAUUAUGUAUGAAAAUUAUGAACAAAUGCAUCAUGUUGAUGAUUUAACACAUUAUGAUAUUGAUGGAAUUCAAAAAAUUUAUGGUGGUAAAGUUUUACCUGCGACAAAUGACUCCAUUAUGGCUACAACUGUGCGUCCUAAAGUUGUUUGUCCUACUACUGUUGAUGCAUCUGUACAGAUAAGUGAAGGAAAUAUAAAAAAAACUUUGGUGUUCAAUAAAGAAAAUUAUUAUGUAUUAAAUUCUGAUGAUUUUGGUAUUGCAGAAGGACCGUUUUCCGUAUCUUCCAAAUUUGAGGGAGUUCCCUAUGUUGAUGCUGUUUUUACAAGAGGAGACAAAUUUCAUUUCUUUUUUUACGGCGAUAGUUAUUCUGUAUUUAAGAACUAUUCAUUGGACAUAGCUCCUAGAAAAAUUUCAGAUGGAUUUAAAAAUUUAGACACUAGUUUUCGAGAUGUGGAUGCAGCAUUAUCAAUAGACUGCCACGUUUUUUUAUUUAAAGGUGAUUAUUAUUGGAAAUAUACUUUAGAAUUAUCAUCAAUGCAAUAUAAAUUUGAUUAUGAAAGGAAAAUUUCUACUCAUUGGAAAGGGUUACCUAGUUCUAUUAAUGGUGCAUUUAAAUGGCAUGAUGUCCAUGAACAUAGAAAGAUUUAUUUUUUCAAAGGUUCUGAAUACUAUCGUGUAAAUGUAGAAAAUUUUGAGGUUGAUUAUGGUUAUCCUAUGAAACUCUCUGACAGUUUUUUAAAAUGCACCAGCAAAUCUUCUAAAAGACUUUUUUCUAGUUAUAUUUUGUUUACAUCCGUAUUAUUAACUGUUUGGUCAUUCAUGUAAGAAGUUUGAACAAUAUAUGUUUUAUAUAAUAUAUAUACCUUAGUGUUUAAUGUUUAUUAUUGUAAUUCAGUUAGUUUUUAUUUACCUUGUUCAUUACAGUUUUA